UGACUCACCUUUGCCAGUCUCCUCUCGUGUCUGCUUUGUUAAGUUCCAUGAUCCAGACUCAGCAGUUGUGGCACAGCAUCUGACAAACACUGUGUUCGUUGACAGAGCUUUGAUAGUCGUACCAUAUGCUGAAGGUUUGUGCUUUGUUUCACUACCUAUGUGGGCACCCCUGCCUGGCCACUGGCCACAGUGUAGAUGUAGAGUAAGCAUCACUAGAUGGUCAGAUUCCAAGCAUUACUUUGUAAACCCUUGUUAUACUGCACUCCAUAAUUAUUACUUAGAGAUUUUUUGUCUUAUUCUAAAACUGAGAAGUAAGGUCUGUUUUAUAAGAUAAUUAACUGCUAUCUUUAAAAUGUUUUCAAGUUUUUUAAACUGAAUUCCCAACUUUGAGAUAUAUUAAUGUUAAGUAUUAUUAAGUCCCAAAGGUAAACAUUCAUACCAUAUCAUUCUCACAUAGAAACCUUCAAAUUAAUGCAUGAUGCUUUUGUUCAAAAGUCAGUAGCUAGGUCAGUUUUAUUUUCUUAAUUCUCUCACUUACUCCUACCUUAAAACAAAACCAAAAACCCCAUGCUGAAUUCCAGUAUACCAAGGGUUGCAAUAACUUUGGCUUUUGUAAAAGUUUAAGAUUGCCUAUAGUUUAGGUGCCAGAUGGGCACUGGGUGUUUGUUUUUAUGGCAGAUUUUCUUGUUCUUGUUAUAUUUUCUAGAAUAUCUCAAAAUAAUAAACUCUUCUCUCUGUUGUGUGUGUGACUUUUGUAGUGGAGAAGGCACAUGCAAACCCUCCCAGAUGGCUGGACACAGUGGGUGCUCUGCAGCUGCAGGCUCUAGACACUAACUAAACCAGCGAGCACUCGAGCCCCCAAGUGUUUCCUGCUGUCACCAUUUGUUAACUGCAUUUUCUCUCUUUUUACGUUUUAGGCUGUUAAAGUAAUUUGACAGAAAAAAAAUUGAGCAGGUUUUUGGAUCUAAAAGCCACUGUGACAGGACAGCACUAUUUUAGUGCCGUUUUGUAAAACUUUUCUAAGGCAUACUUUACAGUUAGCUUGUUCCCAGUAAACUGCUGCUUGGUUUGCUUUUGGUAACUAUAAAUCUUUAUUUGAGGAAAUCAUUGACAUGAUACUCGUACUGAAUUUUAACUUAACAAUCUAAUAUACUGUCCAUGAUCUACAUGCUUUCCCUUUCCUUUAAUAAACUGGUUAGUGGAAGCCUGUAUCUUGUAAUCAAUACUUUUUAGAUGCUUCUUAGAUAAUUGAAGACAAAUGUGAAGAUUUGCCACCAUACUUUGUGAAAAUUGUGAAAUGUCUAAUCAUAGAGAAUUGCCUCUGGUUUUUCUAAAGAAAUUAUAUUUGGAGAUGAGUUAAGGCAUGCUAUUUUGGUAACAGUGUUUUAAAAUGAGAGAUGUGAGGCCAGUAACAAUGUUUCUAUGAACGAAAAGUCAGAAAGAAGCCUAUAUAGUGUAUUUUGGAUAAGCAAUUCCUUUUAUUUCAGUGUGCCUCUUUAAGAUAAGACUUAACCACCACCUUACACCAACAGAGAACUUACAGAACUCAAUUCAGGAUGAGUAAAGUAGACAGUAGGUCUUGAGACGGUCAUGUCAUGUGAGUAAUGUGCAGAGUGCUUCAGUUAGCCGAAAUGCAAUGAGCUUGGGAUGGAAUAUAUAGUAUAUCAUAUAUCUGGGUCUUCAUAAUUAUUUUAAGCCAUAGUAAUUUUUGUAGAUGUGUUUUUGAAAGUGAGGUUUUGGGGAGUGUAUAUAGAGCUAUAGAAACUUAGUUCAGGUAUCUGUUUUGCUGCAUUUAAUUUGUGGUAUGAUGUGCUGUAUUAAUGUUACUUCCACAAGUAAACUGAUAUAUUCAAUCCCUUUGUCACCAUUCACUCGGUUUUAGCCCUUAACACUUGGUGUUGACUCUUGGUCAGUGUGUUAGAACAAUAGACCAAAAGUAUACGGUAAGAAUAGCCUCACUUGAUAAAACAUAGAGAUUAGCUGGAUGUGGAAGGUGCUCUUAAUAGUAGUGGAUUUGGGGACAUCUAGGUUCCUUGGUUAAUGUUUGUUUCUUUUGUCUGUUUCUUUUUCUUUCAUUUCUACACAUUCAUGCAGUAUUUCAUGGUUCUAUCAAAGCAGCAGUAAAAAAAAAUACUCUUGACGCAUGAAAAUUAACUGUUCUUUUCCCUGGUUCAGCCUGAACUAUAUACCAGGCCCUGCUGAAAAUACCACCCAACAGUUUUCUUCUGCAGCUUAUCCAGUUUCUCUUAAGUGCCCUGUACAUAUUGUAUGUUUUAUGAUGAGAUGCAGUUUCUUAAUAUGUAUUACAGAAAUACUACUGGUAUUUGCAAAUAUGUAGUUUAAUUGUAUUAUUGAACUCUCAUUUUGGGGGCUUGGGCACAUUAACAGAUUAAUCCAUCUGUAUAGGGCUUUUGCUGUUGGAUAGAAUUUAAAUUGUCUACAUAAAUAAUUUGUCUUAGGACCUUUAGAUUUUAUCUGAAUACACAUAUUAGGCUUUAAAAGCAGGCAUACAUGUGGUUUUGGGCUUAAGGAGUUUUGAACAAGUUAGAUAUUGAAUUGACACUAUAUAGCAACAUUUUUUGAUACGGUUAGCAUGGCACAUAUUGGAACCUAAAGCAUUUUACUGUACAGGUAAGGAAUGUGCCAUGUUUUACCUAUUCUCUCUCUCUCUCUCUCUCUCUCUCUCUCUCUCUCUCCCUCCCUCUCUCCCUCUCCCUCUCCCUCUCCCUCUUUCCCUCUUCCUCUCUCCCUCUCUCCCUUCCCCUCCUCCGUCCUCCCUCCCUUUUCCCUCCUUUCUCCAACCCCCUCUCCCCUCUCUUUCUCUCUGUACCUCCCUUUCCCUCCCUCUCCCCUCCACUCCCCCUACACACAUUUCCCCUGUGUAUUCAGAGACCUUCAGAAACAUUCAUAUUCAUGUCAUGAGUCAGCAAAAGCCCUACUCUUGAUUCCAACAGAAUAUUUCCUUUACAUACUUUCCUUUUAAUUUUUACAAAAUUUGUAUGGUAGGUGUAAAGAAAAUCAUAGUAACUGUACCAUAUUAUUAACCCCUAAAUCAAACUUUUUUUGUCUUGUGUAUCUUGAUUUUUCUGUGUGCUUUAUAGUGAAGCAGCCGACACGAGUCGUUGUUCAUAAAACAGCUUUUGAAAGUUGAGAGCACACCCCUGGAGAACCGACUGUGCUUGCUUACGUUUGGUUCAUGACUUAAAAAUCGAGUACAGGAGUUAUUCCUGAUGAGACUAAGGCUUUGUCUCUAUUGGCACCAGCUAAUGCAGUGGCAGGUCUUCUGCCUGGUGGUGGACUCCUGCCUACCCCCAACCCACUUACCCAGAUUGGCGCUGUUCCCCUGGCUGCAUUGGGAGCUCCAGCUCUUGAUCCUGCCCUUGCUGCUCUUGGGCUUCCAGGAACAAACUUGAACUCUCAGUCCCUUGCUGCAGACCAGCUAUUGAAGCUUAUGAGUACUGUUGAUCCCAAAUUGAAUCAUGUAGCAGCUGGUCUUGUUUCACCAAGUUUGAAGUCAGACACCUCUAGUAAAGAAAUAGAGGAAGCCAUGAAGAGAGUGCGUGAAGCUCAGUCCCUGAUAUCUGCCGCUAUUGAGCCAGACAAGAAGGAAGAAAAGAGAAGACAUUCGAGAUCAAGGUCACGCUCCAGGAGGAGGAGGACCCCCUCAUCCUCCAGACACAGGCGGUCACGAAGCCGGUCAAGGAGGCGGUCACACUCCAAGUCCAGGAGUAGAAGGAGAUCCAAAAGUCCAAGACGGAGACGAUCUCAUUCGAGAGAGAGGGGUAGAAGGUCAAGGAGCACAUCCAAAGCCAGAGACAAAAAGAAAGAAGAUAAAGAAAAAAAACGUUCCAAAACUCCACCAAAAAGCUACAGCACAGCCAGACGCUCUCGGAGUGCAAGCAGUUUGCACAUUUGUGAUUCUAGAGAGAGAAGACGACGGCGAAGUAGGAGUGGUACAAGGUCCCCUAAAAAGCCCAGAUCUCCUAAAAGAAAGCUGUCCCGCUCACCAUCCCCAAGGAGACAUAAAAAAGAGAAGAAGAAAGAUAAGGACAAAGAAAGAAGCAGAGAUGAAAGGGAGCGAUCAACAAGUAAGAAGAAGAGGAGCAAAGACAAGGAGAAGGAACGAGAAAGGAAGUCUGAGAGUGACAAGGAUGUCAAACAGGUGACUCGGGAUUAUGAUGAAGAGGAGCAAGGCUAUGACAGUGAGAAGGAAAAGAAAGAGGAGAAGAGACCAACAGAAGCAGUGUCCCCUAAAGCAAAGGAGUGCUCUGUGGAGAAGGGGGUGGGCGACCUUCGAGAGUCCAAAGUGAAUGGGGAUGAUCACCACGAAGAAGACAUGGAUAUGAGUGACUGAGCCCAAGGCUGGCUGCAGAUGGGCCUCAGUGUCAUUCCUUGUGAUCCCUAAUGCUGUGUGUGUUCAUCUCACCUAGGUGUAUACAGCUGCACAUUACCAAUGGCUGCAGAACACCCAAUCAUGACCUCUAGUGCUUUAUAGCAAAAGCUGUAAAGUGGUACCUGGGUGACCAGCAUUGCCAUGGUUACAUCCAUUUGCGUAAUCAAGCAGCUGUGCAACUGCUGCUUCUAACAGAUGAACAGCUGCAUGCAUCUCCAGCAGGCAUGGAUUGUCUCUUGUCUAUGAUCCUCAGUGCGUUCACUUAGAGUAUUUCUAGAGUUUGAGUCCUUGCCGUGAUAGAGCCAUGUAGGGAAUGCACUGAUUGCAUGUUACCCCAAGCGUCAUGAAACCUUCCGACACGGUGACCUAUUUAAUGGUCUUGUUUGUUGACAUGACAAAUUAACAUUCUUAGAGUUACAUCUCGAAAAAAGCAUUUGUGAUAGAUAAGCCCUUUGAGCCUUGUGGCUAAAUUUUUGUGGCUUUGUUUAACUUUCAAAGGUUAUAUAUGCACUAACCUUUUUUGAUGGCUAAGUAGGCUUUAAAUUACAGUAAAAUUUUUUCAAAUAAAACUGGCUGUAAAAUAUAUUUUGAAUUAGAGUUGUUCACUUUUUCAUAGCUACUUAUGUUUUUUUCCCAAUAAUUUAUUUCACAUCUCUACCAGUGAACGCAGCCCAUCACUAGAAAAUGACCUUGUCCUGAUUUUCAGUUUUCAACUAUUAGUUUUAAAGCUCACUGUUGAAUAAGAGGAAGUGGUGGUGCAUUUUAAAUUGACUUUCAUGUGCUUUUAAAAUAUGACAGAUCUCCUUGAUAAUGUACUUUUAUUUGAUCUCAAGUUGUAUAAAACCAAUAAAUUUGUGUUACUUUGAUUGCAGUAGUAUCUUAUGCAUAGUGAUUCCAUGUUAUAUGCAGACUAGUUAGGCAACUGUUUUCUUAGUUACAAGCUUCACUUUUGUGCAGUUAAAAAAACAAAAGUAGGCUACAGUCUGUGCCAUGUUGAUGUACAGUUUCUGAAAUUGUUUUACAAGACUUUGAUAAUAAAACCCUUAAACUCACAA